AUGCUGGUUUGUUUUUUCUUUGAUUUGGUUACUUUCUUGUCUUAUCUGUCAAAUGAGAUCCGUCGACUAGCUCGCGAUGGAUUUCUCGGAAUUACUAUCCACUCGGUCACGGACGCUGACGCUGGAGUUUAUCAAUGUGUAGUCACAAAAUUUUCAAAGCAACCUACAAAACCAGAAAAAGGACUGUCAGCAAAACUAGUCGUUAACGUACCCCCUGAAAUAAGUGUUCCAACUAACCAUCAAGUCAUUCACAGAACAAUUGGAUCAGAUUUAGCACUUGAGUGCAAAGCAGACGGUGCACCAUCGCCAGAAAUCACUUGGUCCAGGAACGAUCAAAUCAUCAGCACAUCUCCAGUACUAACACUGAGCAAUCUAUCUGGAAGUGAUGGUGGCUAUUACACUUGCCUGGCAGUGAAUAUUGAAGGGAAUCACACUUCAUCAAUAGACUUGAGGUUUUCCAAAGCAACAAGUUUAGACUUGGUGCCGUUAAACAAGACGGUGAUUGAAGGAUCGAAUGUGUUCUGGCAUUGCCAUGCAAACUCCCAAGCCACUUCAAUAUCGUAUUCUUGGUUUUUCGAGAAAAAACCUAUUAAAACAACUCCUCUAGGCUUACGUUCAAAUAUUCGGUCUGGCGACCUUUCUCUUCUAGACGUCAGAAAAUCGGAUAGCGGUUGGUACACUUGUGAAGCAAAGAAUCCAACUGGUGAAACGACAAGUUCAACGGCUUAUCUACAAGUUUUUUAUCCACCUGAACCAUCGGAAACACACCAGCCAGUGAAGACAGUAGCCUCUGGAAGGAACGCAACGGUUUCGUGUGAUAUCACAGCUAAUCCUAAACCUACCAGUUACACCUGGACCAAAAAUGGACAUUUUCUACCAUCACAAAUUUCGGUACCUCAGGCAAAAAGUGAAAUUUUCAUCGUGCAUGCAAAACCGGGAGACGGCGGAAUCUACGGAUGCCAGGCGGAUAACAUUGCCGGAAAAGGGUCAAUUGUGGAAACUCAUGUUAUCGUGGCAGAGCCACCAGUGUUCACUGUCUUGCCUCCGUCUAAAAUCAAAGUUAGGCUUGGCGAUGAUGUAACUAUUCCUUGUCAAGGAUUUGGAGAUCCCAUGCCUAUAGUUUAUUGGGUUAGGGACAAGGUAACUUCAAAAACCUGUAAUGAUGUAAAAAUUGAUGUUACCAAGCCUCAAAUGGCAACAGGUCUCAAAUUCACUUGUCUAAACAGUAGCUCGAUGAGGAUUUCAUGGAUACCAGGAUACAACGGAGGAUUUGAUCAGACGUUUGCAGUUCACGCUCAGAACGACAUGAAUUUACAGUGGACAUCCAUCAAAACCUCUCGCAAUGAGACAAUUUUGGAUCAUUUAGAACCAUUUGUGUCGUAUCGUGUCAGUAUAGAGAGCGUUAAUGCUAAAGGGUCCACCAAUUCAACGACCUACAACAGGAGAAGUAAUUUUUUUCGUUUUUUUUUCUUUCGUAGAAAAUUUUUGAUUGCAGGUUGCACUAGUCUUCAUGCUCCUGAUAAACUGUACAUUUGUGGUUAUAACGAGUUAUGCUGGACAGCGGCGGAAGGAGCAUCUUCUUAUAGAAUCGAAAGUCGGACGGAACCUAGCAAAAACUUUCAGCCAUUGGCUGAGGUUAUUGAAACAUACUAUAGACUUGGAAAAGAUGUUGAUGAAACAAAGCAGACUGUUUUUCGAGUGAGAAGCUCUAGACCAUCAUAUCCACCGAGCGAACCGAGCAAUUCGUUGAGACUUGGCCUCGCCGAAAACGCCGAUCUCUCCAUUUUCAUCAUUGUUGCAGUUUUUGGUUUAUUUUUCAUUUUCGCUUGUGGUUGGUUUGCUUGGAGAUGUUUCAACAAUAAAAACAAGAAAGCGAAACGUCGAAAGAGUCAAAGCACGUCAACACCAUCAAAGACUUAUCAAGAUUACGGAAGGUUCACAUAUGGCGACGCCACUACUUCUAGUCAACCAAGCACGGAAACCUACUACGAGCCUUCAUUGAGAUUAUUGGAUGAGCACGAAUGGAGAGGACCACGUGAUUUGGAGCCUGUCGCCGUACGAUAUCCGCCGGUAACAAUAACAUUUUAUAUUGAAAACAAGAAUUUGAUAUUUCAGUCUCUCGCCGAGCUCGAUUAUGACAUUGGUGAAGAGAAUCCAAUCGACGAUAUGUUCCGCGAUCGAUAUAUUCUUGGUGUCCAAGAUCCACCGGCACAGCUAUAUCAAGAUUUGAGGCUAGAAAGACUUCGCCGCGAGUAUAAGCAAUCUCAAAUCUGA